AUGCCGAUUCCUUCUAAUCUUCCUACAACCAUCUCUUCAGUUGCCUACGAUAGUAAGCUCUCGUGUUGUCCUGAGGAUCCUCGUAUGUUUGUCGAAUUAGCUAUGUCAACUGAUGACCCAGAGCAAUUGCCUUCAGUCUCCACUUCAGUCAACGGCUUCCCUGGCCUUGGGCAAGCACCACUGGCGCAACCCGAAUCUGGGCGGGAGUGGGCUGUGGAUUCUCAUACUCUACUUCCUUUGCCUUCAAUAGUUGGCUACGCUUUAGCCUCCCCCGAGGCAUCCGCAUGGGCACGAUCUCGCGAUGUCCUUUUUCGUGAUACAAUGCGUGCCAAAUAUCCCAAAUCCCUGAUUAGCGCUAUCGAUGGUGGCAUAGUAAGUGCCAGCGAGGCCCUUAGGAAUGUAGGGACUUUGUCUGGAGUUGGCUUAGAGGUGGGAGGCCGGUCAGUGCUCGCGAAUGCUUUGACCCAAGUUCCCGGACUAGAGCUGGACGCCCAUCACGUAGCCACAAUGACGUCGAUGGCCGCACCAGCCAUGGAGACCCUAGCGACGUCUACGACGACACCGGUGGCUGAAUUGGCUGGAGACAUCGACUCCCUAGCAGGCGAACGGACUGCAUUAGGCAUGAGUGCUGUUUUGCCGCUGUCCUCUGGAGCUGGGGAGAAUAGCAGCGCCUAUUGCCGACCUGUCGAGAAGCCUUUACUGAUGUUACAAGCGACUCAGAAGCCGUUUCUUACAGUUACAGAUCUCAUCAAGGUUAAUUAUAACUACUUUUAA